AUGCUGCGACGUUUAUCAAUAUUCAACUCAUCUCGGAAUUAUUCCUUACUCACUUCAGCAUUGGAUGGUUUAACAGAUCGAACAUCAGGUGAUCAAUUGUUGGUAAGAUAAAUUCAACAAUUGUUCUCAUUUCAAUUAUGUUUUUUCAGACUUUCAGCGAAAAAUUUGUCAAUCUUUAUGAAAAUGCUUCACCAGAUUCAAGAAAAAGUAUACUUGUUGGAUUGGUAAAUUCGUAUGGUGUGAAUAAGGAUGCAUUAAAUCAUGCGAUUUCUUUAUAUUCAAAGAAUGAUCAAAUGUAUCCAGAAGUCAGAAACUCGGCAACAGCUACUUAUGUAAAACUUAUAAAAUCGAUUGGAAAUUUGCCAGAUGGUGUAAAACAAGUUUGCCAAAUGAGAUCGAAUAUUCUUACAUUUCUCAAAAAAUCAGAUUUGGAUAAACCUUCGAUUCAAGCACUUCGACAUAUCGAAUUUGCUUGCCGUGAAAAUUUGACAGCCUGGUUUUCUCUCGGCAAUUUGAAACUUGAACGAUUAACUUGGUCCUCACCAGGAGAUAUUCUUCAAAGAGUCGCUGAAUACGAAGCAGUUCACCCAGUCAGAGGACUUUCAGAUUUUCGAAAAAGACUCGGACCACUUCGAAGAUGUUUCUAUUUUUCACACGAAUCUCUUCCACGUGUUCCACUUGUUAUGGUUCAUGUUGCAUUAGUUGAUGAAAUAUCAGAUAGUGUACAAGAAAUUACGAAAUUUGGAGAACCUAUUGGAAAUGAAGAAGAUCAAACAACAGCAAUUUAUUAUUCGAUUACUUCAACACAAGCUGGUUUAAGUGGAAUUGAUUUGGGAAAUAUGUUGAUUAAAAGAGUUGCUAUACAACUUCAAAAAGAUGUUCCAUCAGUAAAUGUACAUUCAACACUUUCACCAAUUCCUGGUUUCAGACCAUGGUUGAUUAGAAACUUGAAAGGAAAUUCUGAAUAUCGUAAGCCACGCGUUUUUUGAACGAUAAAUUGAUUAAAAACUCGAAUUUUUUCCAGCAUCAGUGGUCGAUGAUCGAGUAAUUCAAUGGGUUUCUGGAAUUGCUGGAAAACGAGUCGAUCAAAAAGAAGCCACUGAUAUUCUUCUCAAUGUUAUAUCAAAUGAGAAAACGAAAAAAGAACGGCUUCAAGAAAUUCGCCAAAUUUUAUUGUAUUCUUGCGCACAUUAUUUAUGUAAAGCUAAGCGAAAUGGAAAUGCAUUGAAUUCAGUUAGUAAGUGAAGAUUUUUGGGGAAAAUUGAACUUGAAAAAAAUCAUUUUGUAGCCAAUUUCCAUUUACGAAAUGGUGCGGAAUUAUAUCGAUUGAAUUGGAUGGGUGAUACAAGUCAUCGAGGAAUCAAUAACAGUUUUGGAAUUAUGGUCAAUUAUAGGUGAGCUUUUUGGAGGGGGGGGGGGCAGAUUUUGAUGUGAAAUUAAAAAUAUCUAUCAAACUUUCACACUGAACAACUUUUCAACUUUUUGAGUGAGUAUUGUAGGUGGGAAAUUUGAAUUCCUAUAGUUUCGGUGAUUUUUGGAAAUUAAGUUCACGACCUUUUUAAGGUCCUUAAGGUGUGUAUAGGUUUUUCAAUUAAAACCCAUACGUCCUGCACUAUCCAAAUUAGCAUUUAGAAGUUAUGAUUGAAUAAUUAUCAUCAAAUUUUUAAAAAUAUGCUGCUCCAAACAUGCUCCAAUAAACAACGCGCAUUUAUUCCAUUUUUCAGAUACGACCUCAACCGAGUUCAUGAAAAUAGUCUUGAAUACACUCAAAAACAUGAAAUGGCUAUCAACAAUAAUGUUUCUAAACUUCUAGAAUAA